AUGAGUUCGCCCAACUUGCCCGGGAACUCCCUGUUGGCCCGAGCCAUCAGUGGUCAACAUAUUGAUAAGGUCAGUUGAUGCGCAGCGAUCUAAAAGAUACAAAGUCCAAAUUUUCAAUUUUUUUUUCACUAGCCCUUUCUUAUGAAACUUAGAGACUCAGUAAAAAUAUUUUAAAAAAGCCGUUUGAAAGUACCAUAAGCUGGGAUACUGUAGUGGUCCUUGAAUGAACUUAUCAUCAAAAAUCGCCAUCAGAUUACCGUAACCCUUAAACCAAAAAUUCUAGACUUCGAUGGUCCGUCUGGCGACAGCUUUCAUCAAACUACACCACCUUUUCGGGGCACCGCGACCUAUCGACUACUACGGUACUCGAGGUUACUGUACCUCAUUUUUUAAUUAACUUCGAACAGGAAAAAUUUCCAGGUACCGAUAACCAAUGGACUAACAACCAUUUAGAAGUUAGCAGGAAGAUUAUUUGAUUUUAAGAAAAAAAUGUUUUCAGCUUUUGGAUUGCUUUUUCGUCAUGUUGGACCCACGAGGCGAUGUUUUAUACGUCAGCGAGACGAUCAGCAUUUAUUUGGGCUUGUCACAGGUUUUAAAUAUCCAAACAGUGCUCCUACCCCGAAAAAGGCGCACCACCCCCGAAAAAGGCGCACCACCCCUGAAAAAGGCGAACCUCCCGCGCUUCUUCCUUCAAGAAAAAUGCUUUUACUCAGUAUGUGAUUUUGAGUAUGAAAAGACGCCCUACUCUUCCAGAACCCUCUCGUUUUCUCCUCAAAAUUUAAAAAUUCAGGUUGAAAUGACGGGGAACGCGAUUUUCGAGUACAUUCAUCAAGACGACCUAGAGCAGUUCAAAGCGGUAUUUUUUCUGAAUAUUUCGCCAACCUCACAUUCUAGCAAGUUAUAAGAUAAUAUUUCCAUUUAAGGCCCUACAUUACUGCGGCCUGAACUGGCCCCAAAUGUGCAAUGUUCGGUUGAAAUCUUCUCUAACAAAACGGGCCAAUAAGGAUACGAUCCGAGCUUCACCUGGUUAUAAGGUUCAUUUUUUUUGAGGGUUAUGGUAUCUAUAAAUUGGUGUAUUGGGCGCGAUUUGGAACUAUUGAGGAUAACUAUUUUUCCUUGAUACUGGGAAAAACUUUAGUGACCCCUGAAGAGGUUCCGCAAGGACUAAUUGGAACUUAAACCAUUUCUAUAGAGAUCCCUUUUUUGCGUUUCAGUGACCACUAUAGCAGUUUUUAAUGGUCUAGAAGUACCACUCAGACCCCUAAAGAGCCACCAAAUUUUGACCCAUUAAUUGGCAACUAAUGAAGAUCACUUUAGUGGCCUCUUGAACGUCAAAACCCUAAAGUGGCCACUAAACGAGAGUCAAAAAUAGAAACUUUUUCGAGAUCCUCUUCAAAAUAAUUGGGACCCCUAUGCUUAUACCUCUUAGAAAGGCCUCUAAAGUGGCCAUUUUUUGGGUCUUAGUGACCACUAUAGGGGUUUUUCCCGCAGUAUUCCUUUUGGGUUUUUUCAACUACAUUUUCUGAGCAUUAUAGUCUGUAUAAGGUUUGAUUUCACAGUAAUCAUUGUGUUAAAAAUUAAAUAUAAUCGAUCCAGAAAUUCCAAGGUCUUUUCCGAGACCCAAAAUAUCAAAAAUCCAACGAUCUUGUAGAUCAAAAAGCAACUUUUCAAGUUUAUUAAUAAAAUUUCAAUAUUCUUAAAUCCCUUCGCAUUGCUGCCUCUCACUCUUAUCCCAAAAAAACGAAUAAAAUUCUACUAAAGCAGCCUUUUACCAUACAUGGGCAGGCUGUUUUUGAAGUCCGACCCCUCCUCUCAACUUUACUUAAAUUGAAGUUUAAUACUACCUCCCUGAGGCUGGAACUUGUACUAAUGUGGCCGAAAAUACCUCCUUGAGGUUGAAAAAAGAUUUUUUUCCAAGUUUUCCAAAAAUUUCGCGGGCCAACUUUUUCUCACGGCCUAACUAAGUUCUCAACUUGCCCAUAUAUGCCUCUUACAGGUGCUGAAAAUGGAAAUCGCCAUGUACGGAAACGUCCGUUUGAUCGCCUGCUAUCCAAUGCCAACUAUGGUUUUAUCGACAGUAGCCGUUCCAAGGGAUUCUUUUGUUAUAAUUACGACAAUCGACUUGAAAAUCAGCCAUGCUGAUGAGAGGUUAAUCAAUUUUUAAUGACGUCAUUUCAUGGAAUAAGUGACGUCAUUUUGAAGAAUUAAAUGACGUCAUUUUUUUCGAAGUAAAGAAGGUCGUUUUUAUGAAUUAAAUGACGUCAUUUUGUGAGACAUUUUUUUGAAGUAAAUGACGUCAUUUAUAUGAAGAAAAUGACGUCAUUUUAUGAAUUAAAUGACGUCAUUUUUAUGGAGUAAAUGAUAUCAUUUUCAUGAAGCAAAUGACGUCAUUUUUGUGAAGUAGAUGACGUCAUUUAUAUGAAGUAAAUGACGUCAUUUUUAUGAAGUAAAUAAUAUCAUUUUUAUGAAUUAAAUGACAUCAUUUUAUGGAGUAAAUGACGUCAUUUAUAUGAAGGCAACGACGUCAUUUUAUGAAUUAAAUGACGUCAUUUUACGGAGUAAAUGACGUCAUUUUUUUUCAAGUAGAUGACGUCAUUCGAUCUCAAAGAGAAUCAUUAUAUGUAUAAAAAGUGGAGUUGAAUUCGGUUCCUCUGCCAAAAAAUCAUCAGUAAAAUUACGUCACUUAUGAAAUAUAAUGACGUCAUUCCCAGAGCCGAGCAACUUUUGGGCAACUUUUCCACUGAAAAAUCCUUAAAAGGCGUAUCAUUCUACACGUUGGUCAAUGUCAGCGACGUGGAAAUCGUUCGAAAAAUGCACUAUGAAGGUAUUUUUUCCCUUUAAAUGUUGAAUAAUCUCUUUUCAGCCUUCAAAAUCGGAGCCUGCCGUACUCCCUACUACCGUAUGAUUCGAAAUAUGGGCAGUCGUACUGUAUACGUCGAGGUACAGUUUUUCGUAUGUAGAACAAUUAUUUUCUGUCCUGGACCCCGAAAUUUUUGAUCUUUUAUACUCCUGACGUCAUCAGAAUUAUACUAUGCGAAAUUAAAAUUUUCCGUUUCUACUUAUUUUGAAAAUUUGAGGAUGAUCAUUAUUCAGGAGUAACGUCUUCUGAACCCCUUGAGUUACCACUCCAGAAAGCCAAAACUAUUCUUUUUUAAAUUGGACUUUUGGUAACUUCUUAUGUCUUUAGAACAACAUAAGGAAAGUCGGAAAGGCUCCAUUUUUGCUGCUUUUUUGCACCAACUUCUCGGCCAUCAUGCACCCUUUUUGCUACCUCUCCCUUUUUCCAUCAAUUCUUGAGCCUUUAAGAUCCCAGAAAAUUGGAAGGCUUGAUGAAGGGAUUCUUCUUGGUGCCUUUCUGGGGCCUUUUUGCUGUCUUUUUGCAGCUUUUUUGCAGCUUUUUUGGAGUCUCCCUCUUCUAUCGGACAUUAUCCACCGUUCCGACUUUGCCCGAGAAUCUAGAGCCUCGUUUUUCGGACUUGAAAUCACCUGGACCUCGAAAAACCUCUUCUUAUUGUCCUCCCCCAAAUCCCUUAAGUAACUACUUCCUUUUUUUCAGUCUGACGUCUUCCGGUACACCUCCUCCUCCUCCACCAAAACACCGUUGGAUACUAUCACCAUUGUUUGUAGUUUAUUAUGA